AUGUCCCGCAAAGGCGUCGGCAUCGCCGCCUUCGACCGCUCCCGCAUCACCUCCCGCCAAUUCGCCUCCCACGGCUCCUCCCUCCGCGCAACAAACGCCCAAGCCCUCGAGACCCAGCUCGCCGUCUUCCGCUCCCUCCUCCAGCAGUUCGCCCAGACCCACGCAAAGGACAUACGCUCCGACCCCUCGUUCCGCGCCCAAUUCGCACGCAUGUGCUCCGCCAUCGGCGUCGACCCCCUCGCCUCGUCAAACAACCACAGCAGCGGCUCCGGGAACUCCGUCUGGGCGCAGCUCCUAGGAAAGACGGUUAAUGACUUUUACUUUGAGCUGGCGGUGCGCAUUGUAGAGGUUUGCGGUGCGACGCGAGCCGAGAAUGGGGGUUUGAUUGGUCUUUCGGAGCUGCGUGAGCGCGUGUCCAAGGGUCGUAUGGAGGGCGCGGAUUCGAUCAGUGACGACGACGUGCGUCGCGCUGUCGAGACGCUCAAGCCUCUUGGUAGUUAUGCUGUUGUUACUGUCGGCCGCAAGGAGUACGUGCGUAGCGUGCCGCGUGAGCUGAGCACCGACCAGGCUGCUGUCGUGGAGGCAGCGCAGGUCUUGGGGUACGUGAGCGUGGGCAUGUUGCGGGACAACCUCGGCUGGGACGAAGCCAGAUGCAAAACGGUUAUCGACGAUCUGAUGGCCGGUGGGAUGCUGUGGGUGGACAAGCAGACCAAGGGCGAGUGGGAGUACUGGAGCCCUGGUGUCAUGGCUGAUGCCGGUACGGACGGCGAGGCGGGUGUCUGA